GCAAGGAUAUAUUAUUUUUGCUGUUGGCGCCUCCCACUACAGAACAUCGUGUCGGACACGUCACAGGCGUUUGGCGGGAAGCUUGAAGCAAAGUCAGUGAAGCAACCGAGCGCCAUGAGCUUUGCUUACGAGAUCAACGACAAAGUGUUUGCCGAGUAUGGCGGACACCUCUACGAAGCCAAGUGCGUGAAGCGCAGGAUGAAGGACGGCAUCCCACAGUAUUACCUCAAGUACUUUGGAUUUGGCAAGCGCAACAACCGGUGGCAGCCGGAGAAGGAUCUGUAUCCUUACAAUGAGGAGAACAGAGAGGUGAUGCUUGACAGAAGAGAGGCUGCACGUCGACUUGAAGAGGAGCAGAAACAGGCAAAGGCGCGAAAGCGUGCAUCGACCUCAAGCGCAAGCCCAUCCGGCGGUGCACAACGUUCGUCGCUGUCCGUGCCCCCGUCCUUGUCCCGUAAUCUCGUCCUUCAACACCUUCGACACGCAGAUCGCAUGCUGAUUCCGCUUCCUCGCCGCCCGUCUGUUCACGAGAUCCUCUCGCGGUUUCGCCAUCACGACAUCGACGCAAAGGAUGACACCAGGCGGCAACAGGAGGAAGAGUUUUGCGCGAACAUGGAGGUUGUUUUCUCCACUGCUCUCGGCCAGCGCCUCCUAUGGUCAAUCGAGCGCGCACAGUACAUGCACUGGCUGAAGAAGCGGGAUGCACUGCCGGUCGACGACCAGGUCACCUUCUUCGCCCGCAUCUACGGCGCAGAGCACUUCCUUCGCCUCAUCGUGUUGAUGCCUGAGCUCCUGCGCGUGUGCGUUCCGGCAAACAUGCCCAUCUUCCAGCGCGAGCACGCUGUGUUUCUGCGGGAGCUGAUUGAGUUUAUGAACGGGCACCAGGACGAGCUGUUCACGCCCACGUACCAGCCCUCCCCGCCAGAAUACCUUCGCCUCUCCCACUUUGCAGGCCUGUGA